GUUCUGGCGCAUACACACCGUCGGCCGUCGUCGACCUCGCUUUAAAGGCAGCCAGCAAGCGUGAUCAUCACUGCUUGCUGCUGCUCUCCUUUUCUCUUUCUCACACCACCACCAUGCUCGCUCGUCAACUGGGGAGGCGCGCCGUCCGAAAGGGCGUGCGUUCUUCCCUCGUACGCUCCUUCACCAGCACCGCAGGUCGCAGCCUCGCUACCCCCUCUGCUGCCCCUCCCUCACCCAACGACCCUUUUGCGAACGGUACAAAUGCCUACUACGCAGAGGAGAUGUACCGCCAUUGGAAGCAGGACCCGAAGAGCGUCCACAUCUCUUGGGAUAUCUACUUCUCCGGCAUGGACAAGGGGUUACCCUCUGAGCAAGCGUUCCAGCCUCCCCCUCGGCCAGGUGCUGAAGAGGAAGAGCUGAAGCUGGAGGGGCCUUCUCCUCCGACUCUUAGUUUGGGUGGUGGCACACAGGUAUCGGACCAUUUGAAGGUCCAACUCCUCGUUCGUGCAUAUCAAGUACGUGGCCACCAUAUUGCCAACCUCGACCCGCUAGGCGUCAUGGAUGCCGAUCUUGACACGUCUGUUCCUGCGGAACUGACGAUCAGCCAUUACGGCUGGACGGAGGCCGACCUAGAUCGCGAAAUCAGCCUGGGUCCCGGCAUUCUCCCCCGCUUCGCGGUUGGAGGGAGAAACUCGAUGACCAUCCGGGAGAUUAUCGAUGUGUUGAAGGGGAUAUACUGUGGCGCGGUUGGCUUUCAAUACAUUCACAUGCCAUCACGUGAGGAGUGCGACUGGAUUCGCGAACGCAUCGAAAUUCCCAAACCAUGGGACUACAACGUCGAUGAGAAGCGCAUGAUCCUCGACCGCCUGAUGUGGUCCGAGUCAUUCGAGAAGUUCAUCGCAUCAAAAUAUCCCAACGAGAAGCGUUUCGGCCUCGAGGGCUGCGAGUCCCUGAUCCCGUGUAUGAAAGCCCUUAUUGACCGCUCCGUUGAUCAUGGUGUCAAGAACAUCGUCAUGGGUAUGCCCCAUCGUGGUCGUCUUAACGUGCUGGCGAACGUGAUUCGCAAGCCUAUCGAGGCUAUUUUGCACGAGUUCUCCGGUGAUGUCGCCGCUGAUGACUCUGCUGGUGGUGAUGUCAAGUACCAUCUGGGUGCCAACUACGUCCGCCCAACACCAUCAGGAAAGAAGGUUGCACUUUCUCUGGUCGCAAACCCGUCCCAUCUCGAGUCUGAGGACCCCGUUGUUCUUGGCAAGACUCGUGCUCUGCAGCACUUCGAUGACGACGAGGUCUCGCACAACACUGCCAUGGGUCUCAUCCUCCACGGUGAUGCUGCCUUUGCCGGUCAAGGUGUGGUGUACGAAACGAUGGGCAUGCACUCCUUGCCUAACUACGGCACCGGCGGGACGGUCCACGUUAUCGUCAACAACCAGAUCGGGUUCACCACUGACCCGCGUUUCGCUCGCUCUACCCCCUACCCCUCCGACAUUGCCAAGUCUAUCGACGCGCCUAUCUUCCACGUGAACGGCGACAACGUCGAGGCGGUCACGUUUGUUGCCCAACUCGCGGCUGACUGGCGUGCAAAGUACAAAAAGGACGUCGUCAUUGACGUUGUCUGCUACCGUCGAUAUGGUCAUAACGAGACUGAUCAGCCAAGCUUCACCCAACCAAGGAUGUACCAGGCCAUCGAGAAGCAGCCCACCACCUUGACGCAGUACACAAAGUCCCUGAUCGACGAGAGCACUUUCUCAGAGAAGGACAUCGACGAGCACAAGAAGUGGGUAUGGGGAAUGCUCGAGAAGGCUGCCGCUGCCGCGGAACAUUAUAAGCCUUCUCCCAAGGAGUGGCUGUCUUCUGCCUGGAAUGGCUUCCCAUCGCCGAAGGAGCUGGCGGAGAAGAACCUCCCACAGAGCGAGACCGGUGUCUCUGAAGAUAUCCUAAAGCGCAUUGGUCAGACUAUCUCCUCCACCCCCAAGGGCUUCCACCCGCACCGUAACCUAGCACGUAUCCUUGCUACUCGUGGCAAGACGGUAGAAGAGGGCAAGAACAUCGACUGGCCCACUGCUGAGGCUCUUGCCUUCGGUUCCCUGGCUCUGGAGAAAGUUCAUGUCCGCCUUUCGGGCCAGGAUGUCGAACGUGGGACGUUCUCCCAACGCCAUGCUGUCAUUCACGACCAGGAAACCGAACAGCAGUAUAUUCCCCUGAACCACCUCGGCUCCGAUCAGGCCAUGUUCAAGGUCUGCAACUCUCAUCUGUCUGAGUACGGUGUCCUCGGCUUCGAGCUCGGUUACUCGCUCGUCUCCCCUGACUGUCUCACCAUCUGGGAAGCACAGUUCGGUGACUUUGCCAACGGCGCCCAAGUCAUCAUCGACCAGUAUCUUGCUGCCGGUGAGCGCAAGUGGGCACAGCGCUCCGGUCUCGUUAUGAGCCUGCCCCACGGCUUCGAUGGUCAGGGCCCGGAGCACUCUAGCGGUCGCCUCGAGCGUUUCCUCCAGUUGUGCGACGACAACCCAUACAUCUACCCAUCAGAGGAGAGCAUCUCUCGCCAGCACCAGGACUGCAACUUGCAGAUCGUCUACCCCUCUACUCCCGCCAACUGCUUCCACGUUCUCCGCCGGCAGACACAUCGGGACUUCCGCAAGCCGCUGAUAUUCUUCUGGUCAAAGUCUCUCCUGCGCCAUCCUAUGGCCCGUUCAAGUCUGGACGAGAUGACGGAUGACACCCAGUUCCAGCGGUACAUCCCCGACCCUCAUCCUGAGAGCCUGGCCCCGCCAGAGGAAAUCAAGAAGCAUAUCCUUUGCACUGGCCAGAUCUACUAUCAGCUUCUGAAGGAGCGUGAGGAUCGUGGAAUCAAGGAUGUCGCGAUCAGCAGAGUUGAGCAGCUUGCACCCUUCCCUUAUGAUCUCCUUACCCCUCACCUCGACAAGUACCCCAAUGCUGAACUACAGUGGCUGCAGGAGGAGCCGCUGAACAACGGCGCCUGGACGCACGUUGCUCCUCGCCUGAGGACCGCUUGCUCCAAGACAGAACAUCACCAGGGCAAGGACAUCGCCUACGGUGGUCGCCCACCUUACAGCUCGGUCGCCACUGGCUCCAAGUCCGUGCACAAGAAGGAGACCCAGAACUACCUCAACCAGGCUUUCGGCGAGGACACGGCCGUUGCGCACUGAUUUCCAGAGUUGGACACGGAGGGGAAGGCAAAAGUAACAUGACUGUUUCGUGCAAGAGCUCUAUUUUCUUCGCAUCAUAAUCUUCUCCUCUAAUCCCAUUCUUGUAUUGAAAUAACCGCAAUACAUCACGAUCAUCA